UCCCUGGCUGCACAAGAACAGCUCGAAAACUUCAGCAUAUUUCGCAGAUCCCUAGUGAUUUAGCCAAUAAAACUUCAACAUUUUGCUGCUAUUAGUUGAGGGAAGCUCGAUCUACAGAUGGGUUAGGUUUUGGAGAGGAUUGGUGGUGUUGUUUAGCAGCAAUGGUGAUGAAGUGGUGGAGGUUGGUGGUGGUGUAAGGGGCUGAGCUGCGGCUGGUUCGUGGUGGCGCUGAGGUGCCGCGUGCUGUUCGUGCUGCUCGUGCUGCUACAGUUGGAGAGGCUGCUCACGCUACAAGGGUGAGCAAAGAUGACAGAUGUAGUGAAGAUAGUAUUUUACUAUGGUAUGGGUAGUGUCCGAUCAAAUGAAAUGGGAGUUGAUCUGAGUGAGUUCAAAUCUGUAGAGAUGAAUAUGACUGCUCCUAGAACAUGGACAAUUGAGCAGGUGAAGGACUGGUUGACAGAAUGUUUCGGGCUUAAUCCUGAAGUGCACACAGUGGGUGUGCAUGCAUUGUGGACUAAGUCGAUAUCAAACAUUUCGUGGUAUCUGAGGCCUGUAGAUGAUACCUCUAAGUGGGUGAGCUGGUUAAAAGGGGCUGAAAGGAGAGGAACUAACCCUGUGGCAUUAGUUCUUCCGGUGGAGAAGGAGGUAGCGCCUCCUGAAGGCGGUUACAGUGGAGGAGGUGGUUACGAAUCAGGCCAGAGCAGUGAAGCACCCGGCGGUGGCGGUGGUUACGAGCCUGAACAGAGCAGCCAUGCGGAAGAUGUUUAUAUCGGCCAGGGUGAUGGUUACAGUGGAGAAGACGGUGAGGUUGAUGGUGACGAAGAAAAUGGAUACAGCCAGAACCAGAUGGAAGAGGAAGAUACAGAAGGUGAAAGUGAUGCUGAUGAUUCCGAUGAGUCUGAUGAUGGGGAGGAGGUGCCUAUUCCAGGCAGAUGGAAUCAUAACUUUUCGUCUGCAAUGACAAUCAACGAUGGUCUUGAUUCUAACUGGGAGUAUCACCAGAACAAUGUCGCCGUAGGGGCCAUGUUUCCGUCGAAGCGACAUAUGCAGGAUGCAAUAAUGAAGUGGGCAAUGGUGAGUCAGAGGCAGCUGAGAACAACCGUGUCAUCUGGAAAAUACCUGACGAUGGAAUGUGUGGACAUCAAUUGUCCCGGAAGGGUGCAUGGGUAUGUUCCUAAGUAUGACACAACAUGGCGUGUGAGCGACUUUGUGGGACAUAGUUGUGAGCUUGCAAAAAUGGCAGGAAGAUCAUUGCUCAAUAGGGACAUUGAGCGGGCGCACCGUGCGGCCAAGCUAGAGGCCAACCCUCAUAGCUUGUCACCAAUGGUGACACGCGGGGGUAAUCAAAAUUGGCAGAUACACCCCGGUUGGGUUCAGAGGUUGAAGUGGGCUGGACUUCUACCUUUUGCACGGUUGGUUGAGGCCACUAGGUCAGAGGUCAUCGGUGAGCGAGCAGGCACACCGAUCAAGCGCCUUCAGCAGGACCACUCCCUACUGACCAGCCUGGUGGAUCGGUGGAGGCCCGAGACACACACGUUCCACUUUCGAUGGGGAGAGAUGGCCCCUACUCUCCAGGACGUGUCUUUCUUACUGGGCCUACCGUUGGCGGGUCAGCCCAUAGGCCCGCUCGCAGAACCAGUGCGUUGGGAUGAAGAAAUGCCUGAACGUUUUGAGGGAACUCGUGCGGGCCAGACUGAGUUUCUCUGUGAGGACCACGGUCCAAAGUGUGACUGGUUACUCAACUUCGAGGUUUCACAGUUCACACCGCCGAUGAGUGAGGCACAGAUCACUAGGAGUCUCGAGGCGUACAUAUUGUGGCUGCUUGGAAAGGUCAUGUUCACAGAGAACCAUCAGACCACCAUCAGCAGGCGCUUCAUCCCCAUUGCACUGGAGAUAGCAGAGGCACAAACCGCCGACGACAUCAUACAGCGGAGUUGGGGUACCGCGGUUCUAGCAGCCACAUACCGAGGUUUGUGCAAUGCUUGUACACUUGUCUCCCCCAAGUCUGGGCUUCUUGGCUGCCCACUGUUCUUGCAGCUGUGGUCCUGGGAGAGGUUCCCGAUUGGUCGGCCAGACAUAGAUGCUGAGCGCCCAUUCGGGGCAAACGAGUUGGAUGAUCCGGACCACAUCGAUAUGCCUACUUUCGGCAUACUUUGGACACGUCGCGAGGUAUGUAGACUGUACAACAUAGUUCUUGCGUAA